AUGGGGAAACAAUGGAGGCCGAAAUCAAAAGGGAUCCGGCGAUGGUUGAUCAAUUCACGAGAAAGAGCGGAGGGAUCGCUCUUCGUCACCGGUAAUUCACCCACCACUGGCGGUUCUUGGCAGCUAUCGACACAGGGAAUGGAAGCAAGGAUUCACUCUGUUGUGAAUUUGAUGUUUGAUAGGAAAAGGAACAAAGAAGAACAAAGGGGGUUUGAUUUCUGAUGGCCGGAAAACUCCAAUUUCGGUGGUGUCUUCUUGCAUCGUGAGAGAGACAUGGAGAGAAUGGAGUGAAUUGUUGUAGAAGGAAGAGUGCAAGGGAGGGUAUGACAACUUGUUCCAGUUAUUUGAUCUAAUGCAGAUUUUUUAAUAGACUUUUGUGUACGAAAAGAUUUACGAGUGAUUUUGAGGGUACAAUGUAUUAUAUUAUGGGUUUGUAUUCAUACAUGUGAAUGUUUUUGUGUGUGAGUGAUAGCCAUCGAAAUAGGGGGCAAUGCUAAACAAAAAUCCAAUCAAUUUUUGUACCGUGUAGAUUUGGGUACUUUACUAGGUAUUAUUGUCUUAAAUACCUACAUUUAUACACAC